AUGUCUCAAUACAUCGGAAAAACCAUCUCGUUGAUCUCCAACAAGGGUGUCCGGUACGUGGGCCUUUUGUACAACAUCUCGGCCGAAGAAGCCACCGUGGCGUUGCAGUCGGUCAGAUCGUUUGGUACCGAAGGACGCAUGGCCGAACAGGGCCAGCCCAACUUGGAGGUUUUGCCCGGCACAGACGUGUACGACUUUGUCACGUUCCGCGGGUCCGACGUGAAGGACUUGUCGGUGUUGGACAUUCCAUUGGAUGAAGUCCAGCCGGUCAACUAUCAGCCUUCUGCAACACAAUCAACUUCCACUGCAUCUACGGCUGCACCUACUGCUGCAUCUACAACAACAGCCACCGGCACGGCUGCGGCCGCAGGACCGGCCACGGGAACCGCAGAGAACUCGCAACAGAGAAGCGCUGUUCCUGCCACCACAACUGGUACUUCCAGCGGCGCUGCUUCUUCUAACGCUGCUUCUGGCGCUGCACCAGGAGCCGCCGCGUCAAUGCCUAAACCAACCUCUGCCGCCUCUGCCACCUCUGCUGCAGAACUGCACCAACAGCCCCCAGCCGCUGACGCUGCUACCACAACAACGCAGCAGGCUCCCACUCAAACUAGACCUGUAGUCGACGCUCAACCAGGCGCACGUCCUACACCACCCACGCGCACCAGUGGUCCCGAAAAUACCGAGGGCGAAUUUGACUUCGAGAGCGCCAACGCUCGCUUCCAGAAGGAAGACAAGGACGAGAUGCCCACCAAGACGGUCUACAACAAAAGCACCUCAUUUUUCGACAGCAUCUCGCUGAACGAGCACGGAAACAUGCGCUGGGCCGAAGAGAAGGACCUAAAUAUGGACACAUUCGGUGAAUCGUCCGUCAGACGCGGAAGAGGUAACUGGAGAGGCAGAGGCAGAGGAAGAGGCAACUGGAGAGGUAGAGGCGGCAACAGAGGCAGAGGUAGACAGGAACCCAAGCCCGAGUGGGCUUAG